AUGCUCGGGGCUCCAGUGCUGCUGCUGUGCUGCGGGGUGGCCCUGCUCCACGCAGAUCCCAGACCUGACGGCCUCACGAACCCGGGGGACGUCAGCGGUCGGAGCUCCCCUCCAGGCCGGGGCCGGUGUUCCACAUGGGGAUCCGGCCACUUCUCCACCUUCGACGGCCGUGCGUAUGACUUCUCGGGCACGUGCAACUACGUGUUCGCGGCUGCGUGUGAGGGCGCCGCAGCCCCCUUCAGCGUGCAGCUGCGGCGAGGGCCGGCCGGGAACAUCUCCCGGGUCAUCGUGGAGCUGGGCACCUCUGCCGUUACGGUGGACCGGGGGGUCGUCUCCGUCAAGGACGUGGGGGAGGUCACCCUGCCCUACGCCGGCAAUGGGCUACAGAUCACGCCCUUCGGCCAGAGCACGCGGCUGGUGGCCAAGCAGCUGGAGCUGGAGCUGGAGGUGGUGUGGGGCCCCGGCCCCCACCUCCUGGUCCUGGUGGAGGCGAAACACAGGGGCCAGAUGUGCGGGCUGUGCGGGAACUUCGACGGGGACGAGAACAACGAGUUCCUGAACGAGGACGGAAAGCCCCUGGAACCGCACAAGUUUGCCGCCCUGCAGAAGUUGGAUGACCCCCGGGAGAUCUGCGCCACGGAGCUGGCGCCCGGGCCCCGCGUCCUGCGGGCCGAGCACGCCCGCACCUGCCUGAAGCUGCUGAGCCUGGUGGCCCCGCGCUGCGGCCUGCCCCGGGAGCCCUUCCUGCGGAGCUGCCAGGCGGACCUGGCCGCGUGCGCCUGGCCCGGCCAGCCCAACUGCAGCUGCGCCACGCUGUCCGAGUUCUCGCGCCAGUGCAGCGCCGCCGGCCAGCCCGGGGGCCAGUGGCGCGUCCCAGGCCUCUGCGCUGUGGGCCGCUGCCCCGCCAACCAGGUGUACCGCGAGUGCGGGGACGCGUGCGCGCGCACCUGCUCCCACCCCCGCCACGGCUGCUCCAGCUCCUGCACCUUCGGCUGCUUCUGCCCCGAAGGGACGGUCCUGGAUGACCUCUCCGACAACCACACGUGUGUGCCGCUGGCCCGGUGCCCCUGCCAGCUGGGCGGGGUGCUCUACGCCCCGGGGGAGGUGUCCGUGGCGGCCUGUAAGAGCUGCCGCUGCGCCGCGGGCCGCUGGGAGUGCUCGGAGCGGCCCUGCUCUGGCCGCUGCUCCCUGGAGGGCGGCUCCUUCGUCACCACGUUCGACGCCAGGCCCUACCGCUUCCACGGCUCCUGCACCUACGUGCUUCUCCAGAGUCCUCAGCUUCCAGCCGGGGGCUCGCUGGCGGCCGUGUUCGACAAGUCGGGGUACUCACACUCCGAGACAUCCCUGGCGGCCAUCAUCUACAUGUCCAGCCAGGACAAGAUCGUCAUUUCGCAGGACGGGCUGGUCACCAACCAUGGGGACACCAAGUGGCUGCCAUACACUGCACGGAACAUCACCAUCUUCAGGCAGACCUCCACGCACCUGCAGAUGGCCACCACCUUCGGGCUGAGCCUCACUGUCCAGCUGUGGCCAGUUUUCCAGGCCCACAUCACUGUGGGGCCCCAGUUCCGAAGCCAGACCAGAGGGCUCUGCGGCACCUUCAACGGGGACACGUCAGACGACUUCACCACCAGUGCGGGCAUCGCCGAGGGCACAGCCGCGCUCUUCGUGGACUCGUGGCGGGCGGAGAACUGCCCGGCGGCGCUGGAGCGGGAGAUUGACCCCUGCUCCAUGAGCCACCUCAACAAGGUGUGCGCAGAGACGCACUGCUCGGAGCUGGUGAAGGCCGGGUCUGUGUUCGAGAAGUGCCACGUGGUAGUGGACCCCAAGCCCUUCUAUAAGAGGUGCGUUUACCAGGCAUGCAACUACGAGGAGACCUUCCCCCACAUCUGCGCGGCCCUGGGCGACUACGUCCACGCCUGCGCCUCUCAGGGCGUCCUGCUAGCAGGCUGGAGGAGCCACGUGGAAAACUGCACUGUCCCCUGCACGGGCAACCAGACCUUCAGCUACGACAGCCGGGCCUGCGGCCGCACUUGCCUGUCACUGUCAGACAGCGUGGCCGAGUGCCACCCCAGUGCAGUGCCUGUGGAUGGCUGCAACUGCCCGGAGGGCACCUACCUGAACCACAAGGCUGAGUGCGUGCGCAGGGCGCAGUGCCCCUGCCAGCUGGACAGCCACAAGCUCAUCCUGGCUGGCCAGUCCACUGUGGUCAACGGGGCCAUCUGCCACUGUGUCAAUGGGCGGCUGAGCUGUCCGGAGCGGCCGCUGACACUCCUGGCAUCCUGCUUGCCCCCCAAGACAUUCCAGACCUGCAGCCAGUCCUCCGAGAACAGAUUUGGGGCGGCCUGCGCACCCACAUGUCAGAUGUUGGCCACUGGCAUACCCUGCGUGCCCACCAAGUGCGAGCCUGGCUGUGCCUGUGCCGACGGCCUGUACGAGGACGCCGAUGGGCAGUGUGUGCCGCCCGAGGCGUGCCCCUGUGAGUUUGCAGGGACGUCCUACCCGCCCGGCGCCGAGCUCCACACCGACUGCCAGGCCUGCACCUGCUCGCGGGGAAAAUGGACCUGCCGGAAGAGUGCCCACUGUGCGUCCACCUGCACUCUUUACGGCGAGGGCCACGUGGUCACCUUCGACGGGCAGCGCUUUGUCUUCGAUGGCAACUGCGAAUACGUCCUGGCCACAGAUGACUGUGGCACCCAGGACUCCAGGCCGACCUUCAAGAUCCUGACAGAGAACGUGGUCUGUGGCAAGUCAGGCGUCACCUGCUCCCGGGCCGUCAGACUCCUCCUAGGGGGUCUGUCCAUCGUGCUGGCCAACAGGAACUACACGGUGAGUGGGCAGGACCCCCUGGUGAGCUUCCGCGUUUCGGCCGGCUCGCUGCACCUGGUGCUGGACGUCACCGUGGGCAGCAGGUACAACUUGACCCUUGUCUGGAACAAGCACAUGAGUGUCCUCAUCAAGGUGGCCCGGGCAGCCCAGGGCGCCCUCUGUGGCCUGUGUGGGAACGACAAUGGCAACAUGAAGGACGACCUGGAGACACGCAGCGGGUCUCUGGCACCCAGCGCGGAGGACUUUGUGAACUCGUGGAAGGAGAGCCCGCUGUGCGGGGACGCUGGGCCCGCGCUGGACCCCUGCAGCCUCAAUGCCUUCCGGCGCGCCUGGGCCGAGCGCCAGUGCAGCAUCAUCAACAGCCGGACCUUCGCUGCGUGCCACAGCCAGGUGUACCGCCUGCCCUACUACGAGGCCUGCGUGCACGACGCCUGCGGGUGCGACACGGGCGGGGAUUGCGAGUGCCUCUGUGACGCUGUGGCCGCCUACGCCCAAGCCUGCCUGGACAAGGGCGUGUGUGUGGACUGGAGGGCUCCUGACUUUUGCCCCGUCUACUGCGACUUCUACAACAGCCACACACCAGUGGGCAACAACUACCACUAUACGCAGGAAGCCAACUGCACCUGGCACUACCAGCCUUGUCUCUGCCCAGGGAAGCUGUCCAGCGUGCCAGGCACCAACAUGGAAGGCUGCUACAACUGCUCCCAGGAUGAAUACUUCGACCACCAGGAGGGGAUGUGUGUGCCAUGCGGUGAGCCUGCCCUGAUGCCCACAUGUCCCACAUCCACUAGAACCCCCAUGUACUGGCCACCCCCGUGCUCCCAGCACCUCUGCCUGCAUCCAUCUUCCCUGUCACAGGGUCUGACAUCAACCUUCGCAGGGCUCCUCACCCACGCCUGCAGGCCCAUCCCAGACAUCCAGUCGUCCGACCACAGCCGCAGCCUCAGCCCCCUUGUCCACACAGGCCGGGCUAGCCUCCACCGUCUCCACAGCAGAGAUGCCUCGAACUACAGCCUCCUACACCACACGGGCCACCUCAGCCCAGACUCUGGUGGCUACAUCUGUGUCAAUAGCCACAAGGCCCACGGUGACAAAAGCCACGACACGGUCCAUCACGCCAGCUCUGAGCAAAUCCACACAAUCCACAGCUCGGUCCACAGUGCGGACCUCAGUAUCACCGCCAGCCCCAACCAGGACAGAGACAUCAACAGACAUUCUGAGACCAGUGAACCAGACAAGCCGAUGCCCACAGAGGUCUGCAGCGUGAACAAGGUGCAGGAGGAGAUCACGUACCAGGGCUGCACCGCCAACGUGACGAUCACCCGCUGCACGGGAGUCUGCACCUCCUUAUCCAGCUACAAUCUGGACACCAGGCAAGUAGACACGCGCUGCAGCUGCUGCCACCCUGUGGGCGUCUACGAGCAGCAGGUGGAGCUGCCUUGCCCAGACCCCCAGGCACACGGCCGGCCACUCGUGGUGCUGCUGCAGAUGUUCACCAGAUGUGCAUGUGGCGCCCAGCCUUGCACCAACUAGACCACUGCCCCAUCUGCUGGGCCUGGCACCCUCAGGGAAGCCUGCCAGUGCCUGACCGGCCCCUGCCCCAACCCCUGAGGCAGUCUCCUGGGGAGGGAAGUUGGGGGACUCGAGCAGCCAGGACGUGCCCCCAGAGGUGCCCGGUGCAGGUGACAAAUAAAUGAGCCAAAGCACAGGUGCCUCGAGUGCCAUUGCCACGUUCUACAGACCUUUCGGGACCCUCCCAGUGGGACUGUGGGGUGAACUUGUCCUUAGCCUGCGCCACAGAGCGGCCGUGCAGGUCUAGCCCCAGGGCCCCUGCCCCGGACACUGUCCUCACCCCCAGACACUUGUCACGUGGGUGGCCUGGGAGGGUCAGGGCUGCUGGGCGCUACCAGCAUAGUCCAGAUUCAUGGGACUACAAGCGCGGAAGGGCGUAAACCACAUGGUGGGGGCCACCGAGGCUGCAGGCCUGUAGGCAGGACCCAGCAGCCCACCCGGGGUGGAACCCAUGACCCCCCUCCAGCAGACCCCAGGGUUCCCAUGGAGUGUCCCCAAGGAGCUCUGCCACCACAGGGAGUCCAGAGAACAACAGUUAGGUUUCUCAGGCAAAGUGUGUGCCGAGCAGGGCCGUCUGGACCGGGCCGCCUGGCAGAGAGCUGCAGAGCAUAAAGGCCCAACCGGUGGGCAGGUG